GCCUGGUAGGGAAGAUGUGACCAGUCCCCUUCUGCUAACCCGAUCAGUCAGUACAGACUAUGAGCAGCUGUGCUCUUUGGAUGUGCUAGGACUUGCUGACAAGCCAGAGAAUGACCAAGGAACUGUAUAUCAGGAAUUCAAGGAGCAACUACAACGAAACGAGGCUGGUUGGUAUGAAACAGCGUUGCCUUGGAAGGCCAACCAUCCGGAACUACCAACAAAUGAAGUAGGCAGUCAGAGAAGGUUACGGCAACUUGUCAAACGGCUUGAGCGAGAGGGGAAUUAUGACGAGUACCACAGCAUCCUUCAAGAACAGCUCGAAAGCGGAGUGAUUGAAAGAGCACCCACAGUACCCAAAGGCAAAGAAUACUACAUCCCACAUAAAGGAGUGUCCAAGAAAGAGGCAGAAAGUACAAAGUUGCGGGUGGUCUAUGAUGCAUCUGCACGAGAAGAUGUGAAGCAUCCCUCCUUAAACGACUGCUUGAAUCCAGGACCAUCACUUCAAAACAUGCUAUGGAACAUCCUGAUAAGAUCACGUUUCCACCCGAUCCUGUUGACAGGGGACCUCCAGAAAGCGUUUUUGCAGAUUAGAAUAAAGGAGGAAGAGAGAGAUUCAUUGAGGUUCCAUUGGACACCACCUGGCUGUACCGAAACCCAAGUAUACCGUUUCACAAGAGCCUUGUUUGGGCUAACUUCAUCGCCUUUUCUUCUCGCGGGAGUCCUCGACCAACAUUUAGAACUGUGGGAACGCCAGUACCCUGAAAUCGUUAAAGAGAUUCGCGAAGGGCUGUACGUGGACGACCUAAUGGUUGGCGGUGCAUCAAUUGACAUUGUGCAAGAAAAGAAAGACACGUCCAUCGAAGUUUUCCAAGACGCCUCUUUUACGCUUCAUAAAUGGCACUCAAAUGCCAGAGAACUUGAAGCCAGCGGUAGUUCAGCAGCAGACGAUGAAUUGACCUAUGCUAAGCAGCAGUUAGGGACGAGCCGACCGGGCACAAAGCUUUUAGGACUACCUUGGGACAAGGAUAAAGACACCCUGAAGGUUGGGCUGCACAAAGAUGAAACUAUCACCACAAAACGAGGCGCUCUUUCUCAACUAGCAAAGAUCUAUGACCCCCUCGGUCUGGCCUCGCCAACGACCCUGCAAGGGAAAUUUAUUUACCGUGAGAUGUGUGAAAGCAACAUAGCCUGGGACGGUGAACUCCCAGCAGAGCUGAGAAAACAAUGGAUCGACUGGGUUUCCAAACUUCCUAGAUACGUUGAAGUUGAGCGAACUCUGGCACCACAUCAUCAACCAAUCUUAGAAAUCGUAUUGCACGCAUUUGGAGAUGCUAGCAUAAAAGGGGUUAGCGCUGUUGUCUACGCGGUCGUCCGACAGGAGAAUGGGACAUCGCAAGGACUCGUCUGCUCAAAGUCUCGGUUAGCAAAGCGAAAUUUAACCAUUCCCCGGCUUGAGUUAGUGGCCGGUCACAUGGCGAUCAAUCUGGUGACUAACGUCCGGUUAGCUAUCAAUCUAUUCCCAGUGUCAGUACACUGUUGGCUUGACUCGACUGUGGCACUCUUCUGGAUUCACGGGCACGGGGAGUACCGGCAGUUCGUUGCGAACAGGGUGCGCAAAAUACAGGAGCAUCAGGAGGUCAAGUGGCAUUACGUGCCGACCAGUGGAACCCCGCGGAUCUGGGUAGCCGUGGCGGAAGUGUCGAACAUAAUCAACUAUGGAACCAUGGCCCGAGUUGGUUGGAGCGAAGAAACUAGUUGGCCAUCGGACAAGAUCUUAGAGCCCAACGAGGAAUCUAACGCUGAGUUAAAGGUGACUCGAAGCAUCUUCGCAAUGACAACUCACGUCCGUGAUGACUUCGACCGACUACUUGAUGCUUACGAAGUUCACAAGAUUCUGCGAAUUUGUGCAUGGAUUCGGCGAUUUAUCCGGAACUGCAGGACGAAAGCAGGGGUUCGGCAAGACGGCCCACUAGUCGCAAGUGAGAUUGAACAACAGAGACUUUGGUGGAUUAAACGAGCACAACUAGAAUGUCAAGGAAGAGCCAGUUUCAAGGAAGAGCAGCUACAACUGAAUCUGCAGCUAAACAACGAAAAUAUCCUUGAAUGUAGAGGGCGAAUUGAAGGAGAGUUUCCAAUCUACCUGCCAGACAGUCAUCCCUUUACGAACGGAAUUGUACGACAAGCACACCUAUUGACUUUACAUGGGGGUGUGUCCCUGACAAUGGCAAAGGUACGCGACGACUAUUGGAUUCCCAGAUUGCGCCGUUUGGUCAAGAAAGUGAGGAGUGCCUGCUGGGGUUGUAAGAGAUUUAGAGCACAAGCAUAUCAGGCGCCACCCCAGGAAACCUUCCAAGCACACGGACACAAGGGUCUGCGCCAUUCCAAGUAA